GUGUCGAUAAAGUUUUUUCAAAGGCUCGCUGCAGCAGCAAUGGCGGCUCCCAUGUCCUGGAGGAGGUUUGUGCACUCCGUGUACACACCGGCACUUGCGGGUGUUUUCACCCGAAUAUCUGACCGGCUCUUCCGUGCACGGGACAGGAGAGGAGGGUAAGGGUCUCGAUCUGUCCUGGACGUUGAUGGAUUAACGGUUGUUUUCUCGCGCCGCUGCUGCUUAUGUGCUCAAUAACGGACGUUACGUCAUUCAGGUGGUCUUGUUUGGGGGUAAAACCGACAUGUGACCAGUUUUCAUUUAUCAGAGGGGGGAAACUAAAGCUUAUUUAAUGCAAAGUUAGGUCCUGGAGCUGUUAGAAGGUUGCAGGUUUUCGCAGCUGUAGUUCUGAACAUGAUGUUCCUCCUGAUGUUUAUGUAACAGCCGGACUGGGACACCCUCUGCUGCUGCUGUCCCAUCAUGGCAGCUCCCCUAACAGUCCUGGGAACUCAUACUUGACCACUAACAGACACUCCUGCUAUUAAAUCAAAGUGUCUCUGUGUGGGUCUGUUCAGAUUGACAGGUGAGAUAACUACUGACAAACUGUAAACAACUCUGACAGGAAAGGGUUAAAUUAUAUACAAACGUGCAGGGCUGUUUUUGGUUUGAUGGGUGUUUGUUUCGCUUAAAGGGAUAUUCCGGCAUAAAAUUAAUUUAGGGUCAAACAUACCGUAACACCGAGUUAGACACCCCCCUCAAGAGAUCAGUUUUACCAACUUUAGGAACGACUGCACGAUAGCAAUACACAGCGGUCUGAGGAGCCAUAAACAUACUUCAACCAAAACGCCACUCUAUAGACACAAAUAAUGCUCAGAACAGCACCUAACUUCAUCAACAGGACAUAUAGGGUCCCAGCCAUAGUACUAGACACCAAACAUCUUUUUAGCUUUGCCUGAUUUCUUUAGCAAAGAGACUAAACACAACUCACCUACUCUCUUCCAGCAGCCGCUUGUUUGUAGCGAGACCUCAGGCCAGUCUAUCACGGACUACAGCGGGGUGACUCGGCUCAAGAAAAAACAUUUACGAUCAUUACUCAUUUCCUUGAAGUAAUAAUCACUAUAAUAAUCAUUUUGCACUGCAGACGCGGUAGUUCUUCUGCCUUAGUGUCUCAGUCUGAUUGCAUUUCCAUGAAGAAAUGAUUAUAAAUGUUCUUCCUUGAGCUGCGACACCCCGCUGUUGUCCGUAAUGGACUGGUUACAAACAAGCGGCUGCUGGAAGAGAGUAGGUGAGUUGUGUUUAGUCUCUUUGCUAAAGAAAUUAGGCAAAGUUAAAAAGAUGUUUGGUGUCUAGUACUAUGGCUGUGACCCUAUAUGUCCUGUUGAUGAAGUUAGGUGCUGUUCUCAUUAUUGGUUGCUAUAGCGUGACGUUUUGGUUGAGGUUUGUUUAUGGCUCCUCAGACCGCUGUGUAUUGCUAUCGUGCGGUCGUUACUAAAGUUGGUAUAACUAGAGAAGCAAGCGGUCGGCAACAUUCAUCUCUCAUCAACUCUGUGUUACGGUGUGUUUGACCCUAAAUUAAUUUACGGAAUAUCCCUUUAAGUGCAUUUUGCACAUAUUUCAGCUAAAUGAAGCGUUCAACAACACGUCUAUAUACAUGAGUAAAUAAUUACGCUUUCAGUACACUUCUAUCACAGGUGACAUCUGGCCAAUCAGAUCAUGUUGUGGGCGGGACAUCAGGUGAUGAAUACACACCCCAGAAUCAGAGCCAAAAACGCAGACUUUUUAAUCAACUAGAAAUUAAAAAGGGUUAAAAGUCAAAAUGCCAAUAUCAGCUGUGAUAAUCUUCAAAGGCCGAUAAUCAGUCCAUCUCUAUGGGGUGAGAUCAGGUCAUCCCAAGCCUAGCACUGAUCUUGUUAUUCAGAUUAGCGGUCACUGUUAUUGGGUUUUUACCAACCAGGCAAGGAAAGUUUAUCUAGAAACAAAGAGCAUUUCAGAGUGAUUUACAGAGUGAAAAACACAACAUAUAAAAUAGAUACCCUAUAACAAUCAACCCCCAAACUUUUUUUUUCUUUCAAAAUCGAGGCUCACAGUUUGUUCUGGAUGAUCAGUCAGAGAGACGAGUUACUACUGUUAAUGCAAAAUAACCUCAGCAGAACUCUGAGGUUGACCUUGAAGAGUAUUCAUCUGUGUAUAAAGCUCAGGGAAUGGUGUUUUGUUCUCCAAGGAAACAGUUUUUUUUUUUUUAAGAUAUUAUUUCAAUUUUGCCCCUGGUAAAUGAAGCGCAGGUUUUAACGUUAAGUUCAGCUUCCUUUAAUUUCUGAAGCGCUGAUUGAAUGUCGUUUUUUCUACCGGGGUCGUCACCAUCUCCUCAUCCAGAUAUGUGACAGUGACCGUACGGCGUUUGUGUUUGUUACGAAAGUCUUCACCGACUUUUAACUUCCUCUGACUCUGACAUGAGCAGCUUCAACUUGAUAACCUCUCCCCCGACUUAAUGUGUGACCUGGUUUCCCCUGGAUGAUCUCAGCACUAAUUAUUGCAUCUAGAUAAGCUGGUUCUCAUUUUUCAUUUGACGUGUGGUGCUCUACAGUUGGCUCAUUGAAAGCGUGGUACUUCAUUUUUGCGGUUACCACCACAGCCCAAGUUGUCACCUUUCACUUUGUUGAGUUGAGCGUUAAAUUACGGUUGUUAAUUAUGGUUUUAUUGGGAUCAUUUAAAGUCCCAGUAAGCAGGAGCUGGGAACUAUGUGCCAAUUUGCAGUGCAUCUUUGCUUGAGUGACGUGUAAAGAAACCAGACUGAGACUUAAAAAACAUCUAGAAGUUAUAAACAAGUACUCGUCUCACAGAUCGUGUCUGUUAUGUACUUUUUUAUAAGGAGACUCUGUCUAAUCUACACCAGUGAAUGAAAAAAACCUCUGUGUAUAGUGAAGACUGUUUACUGUCUUCUCUGAGUGUUUUAGAGUGCACAAAAAAAGACCAGUAACUGAAUGAUGAGAAACCCUGACACAUCGUGAAUACAAGUCAGAAAAAAUAGAAACAGAUUUACCGGCAGUUCUGUCUUUUUACUGUUCAUGUCUCCAAGGGAACAAAACUGAAAUACUCGACAGUGUAGCUUUAAAAGAACACUGAAAGGCGGAUGGGUGUUUAUUUAUUUAUUUAUUUAUUUUGGCUCCUGAUAAAAUCUAAACACCGCUGAGGAAUUUACAUGAAGGGCAGUUCCUCAAAGGUGACUCCCUUUACGAAAAGGAAAUGUAGUUUAGGCAUGAUGGAGCCUGUGGACAUUAUCUGUCAUCUCUGCGUCUCUGUCAUUUUAUCACACACUCACACUGUAAUCCACUUUCGCAUGAUCUCUCCCAGAAAGAAAGUGGAGAUUAAAAGCAGAAAUGAGCCAAAGUAUUGGAAUGUGAGUGACUCAUUAAUAGAGCAGACAGAGUGGAUCAGAUCACCGUCAUUACUGAGACGACUUAGUUUAACGAGAGUGUAUGGACACAUACUUUUCUGUGCUUUAGUGUGUUGUGUAACAUUUUCCAUGGUAUGGGCCUCUUAGUUUUUGUUGAGGAAAAUCUUAAUGCUCUCACCUUUUGUGUCGGCUUUUAUUCCGAUAAUGGCAGCAGUUCAGAGACGAGUCUUUCCUGUUCAUAUGUUACAUCAGUAUGACGGUGCGUCUUCGCCUAAAGCCAGCUUUGAGCACAUGUGCCCUACUUGUCUUACCUCUAUAAGAUCUAUAUGGGUAGCGUUGACUGGGAGCUGGGUCUGAUAACACGGUGUAGCCCUGAGAGCUUUUUAAUGCCCGGAUUUCUGAAUUUUUUCAGACUUGCAGGAAAAGCAGUCUUUGGUUUGUAAUGCUAGUUUCAAACAAUGAUUUAGCUUCGACAUGUUUGUCCUCUCAAACAUGUAAGAAUCAUAUACUCACACCUCAAACAGAAAUAAUGCUGUGUUCGAGUUACCUCAGAAGUCGGAAGUCUGAGCUGAAAAUGACGUCACACACGAGUUACCAGCGUUUUAGUUACCAAGAAAAAAGCUAAAUCAGAGGCGGAAACAAGAUGGCUACAUCAACGAAAGUUAUUUUAGCGCUUGCCUAGUCCGAAUAUAAGCUAAGUGCUAAAAUAACUUUGGUAGAUGUAGCCAUCUUAUUUCCGCCUCCAAUUUUUCUUUUUUUCCGACUUGGUAACUGAAACGCUGGUAACUCUGGUGUGACGUAAUUUUCAGCUCGGACUUCUGACUUUCGAGGUAACUUGAACGCAGCAUUAGUUCACCCCGACGCCAAAGGUUUUGUCCUACUCAAUCUUGAAGUAGUGUUUAGACGUUAUUUUUGAGUUAUAAUAACUUUAAGCUAAAAUAACUUUUGUAGAUGUAGCCAUCUUGUUUCAGGCCUCCGAUUUCGCUUUUUUCCGACUUGGUAGUUCACCCCUUACAUUAAAGGUUUUGUCCUACUCCAGUUUUGAAGUGAUGUGUUUAGAUGUUACGUUUGGUUGUCCAUAUACUUUUGGCCGUUUCGAGUAACGCUUGUCUCUACUCUCUAAAGAUGAGUCUCAAGACCCAUCACAGCCCAACUCAUCAAAAAUGUGCAAAUGCAUCUUGGCAAUCCUGGAUGACUGAGGAUUGUUUUGCCUCAAUCAUCCAGAUGAGUUAGAAAUCUUUAAAUACUGAUUUAAAGUGUUAACAGCUUCAGAAUGACGAGUUGAUGCACAUUUGUCGCAAUCAAUACCUGACUUUGGGACCGCUUCAGAACAACUACCGACAUCCAGCCGAGUAUUUCAGAAGUUGUCACGGUUACCACAGCUGUUGAAACGUGGAAAACACGAAGAGUCGCCCACCAGAUUUUAAUUUCAGGAACCAUUAUGGAUAUGAUAAUCUGAGACUGACUGAAUCACUGUGUUCCCCUCGUUACAUCCUCUACCUUGAAUGAAGUGCGCCCCUCAAUGAACUCUCACCUUCACUUCAUCAGAAGCAGCUCGGAUCGUCUUAAAACAAAGUUUGGGAGGAAGUUGUAGCCACUGUAUCCUUGAGGCGAAGAGAGGAGAGCAGGGAGAGGAGCAGGAGGAGGCGGGUGUGUGUCUGAAAAGCCAAGGGACAGAAUGAGGAGAGAGGCUGAGUGCCUAAAAAGUGCCUCUAAAAGCAUGAAGGAGAUAACCACUGCUGGGCUGAAAAGUGAGAGACAUCGUUCAGAAUCAAAAUAAAAUACAAGCCUUAGUCUCGACAUUAUGGAGGACGUAAUGUAAAAGAUAGGUUUGAUCUUCAGUCUGUGAAAAAUGUGAGCAGUAAAAGAGCUCAAAUCCUUCAUUUUUACAAGACAAAUAAAAUCUGGCUUUUAAUUUUGUGGGUAUUAUCACCAAAAUGAGGUGAAGUGAUGUGUGGUCCCUUUAAGUAAUACAUAUGACUUUAAAAAAAAAAGAUCAUCCAGGGAGAUAAUCAAAAAGUUUUGGAUUAAAAGUUUUGAAGAGGUUUAAAGUUGCAUUAUCGGGUCUGAAAUCUCUUGAUGGCAUGAAUGAGAAGGAUCUGAGCCCAGACGUUGAAUUUCUUCAUUUUUUUGUAACGCACGUCACAGAUCUUUGUUUGUUUGUCCGGCCGUGUCAACAUUUCACCAACAGCUUUGAAAAAUGAGACUUUAGACUGAAAAACUUCCGUGUCCGUGGUUCUCAACGCCUUGUUCACAGCACCGAAGAAUCAGCCCAGAUCUUUUGAUAAAGAUGCAAAUAAAGUGAAACCACGCAGUCGGGGAAUUUCUAAAUGUGAAGAAAGAUGAGAAGCAGACGAACAUCAUAUUUUCCAUCAUAUGCGUCAAAUGAAAUGGAAUGUGGUACAGUCACGUAAUGAAACAGCUCCUCUUGUCAGUGAAACUACCGGCUACGUCUCAGGUUUUAAAAUGCUGCGAUCAUUUGUACAAAGAUGUUAAAAAUAAUGAAAAAAAAAAAACUUAAGCGGUGAAACAGAGAGUAAAGGGUAAUAAAUCACGUUUGUCUUUGUUUAGUUCUGAGUCAGCACGGUCUGCAUUUGAGUGUGAUUUUGUUGCCAUGGUAUCAAAGUGAUAGUUUCAUUUUUAGUACUGUUGUAUUAGCUUCAAAACUCUGAUAUGAAAACCCUGAAGAAGCUACACAUUAUAAAAUUCAUCUCUGACAUAAUUUAAUAAGUGAACUUAAACAGUCAGUGUUCACAGCUGGAAUAAAAACCCUAACUGACGUUUCUGGAGGACUUUAAACAUGGAUGUGAUGAGAAUCUACUGCGGUGAAAAGGUGAAGGAUGAUUUGUCAUUUCCCCAACUAUGAGUAAAUGAAUGACUGGAAACUGCAGCCCUUAUCUCCCGUCACUUUUACCAUUUACAGAAAGUUGUGACAGUCAUAGGGUCAGGUGGGAGCCGCUCUAUAUUACAUAAUCUCAAAUUGAAGUGAGAUGUUCUCCUUUCGAGAUAACUUUUGUAGUUUGAACUGCUGUAAAACGCAGAAGUACCUCCACCCCGAGAUAUUCCUACCUCCAUGAGAAAGCUCUCUUUUAUACAACGUUUGCUUUAUGGCUCUGUCAGUAAUACGAGUGUUUAUGAUCCGAGUCGGAUCCCAAACAAACAGGGAAUUCCCCUCCCAGUGUUUUCUGCAGAACUUCAAACUCAGCACACUGGCUUUGGAAAGACGCCUCGAGCUGUGCUUCCCGUUUUAAUACGACUUCUUCGUGUAGACGAAGGUUUCUGUGGGUCCGAUCCAGCCCAGAACUUAAACCAUAUGAGUGAGUGUUUGUUUUGUACCAGAUAGAAAGGAAUUUACUAGUAUUACUCUGGACAGUCAGCCUCUGAGGUUUUCGCUCCACCUUGUUUUCAUCUAAUGUGGUUGCUGCGUCAGACAGAAUAGUGAGAUUGUGCGACAGACAAAAGGAGCAGUGGUGGUUUGGGGGUGAGUUUGAGGACACUGGAAGAAGAAGUGGACUUCCUGGUACAAAAUCUAAUAGAUCAGGGUCUACAGAGACUACAUUAUAUCCAUGAAGAAGUAUCGUGCAUAUCUGAACUCUUGUAAUAUUAUACAAAACUGAGUAUUUUUGGCCAUUUGAAAUAAAAACAGAUGAACAGAUUGUAAAAAAAUUAAAGCAAAUACUGAUGCCGAUGUUUGGAAUAUCAGUUUAGACGAUUCUGGGAGCUGAUGCCGAUGUUUGGAAUAUCAGUUUAGACGAUUCUGGGAGCUGAUGCCGAUGUUUGGAAUAUCAGUUUAGACAAUUUUGCUGAUGUUUGGAAUAUCAGUUUAGACAAUUCUGGGAGCUGAUGCCGAUGUUUGGAAUAUCAGUUUAGACGAUUCCGGGAGCUGAUGCCGAUGUUUUUUCAUUACCUCUUUGUAAUUUCGAACUCCUUUGAAUUGGCCGUCAGAUGUAAUAGCUUAGCAGACUUACUGUACAUCAGUGUGAUUAAGAUAAAAAUAGGAUGCUUCAGAUAAACCCCAGCUUCCGACAUUGAUGUAUGGCACAUUGUUUGCUGAUGAUUCACUGGUGUUGCGACCUUGAUAACUUCGAGACUAACACAUCACAAUAAAAUUCACUGAGCUAUUCAGACUAAAACUGUUCCUCGAACUAAACUGUAAACGUAUCAAUUUGUAUCCUUUCCCCUCCAUCUCUGCAGACAAAUACCUCUGAUAAUUACAAAUGGGGUCCAGUCAACGUGAAAGUAAACAGCAUUGGUGCUACUGUAGAUGCCAACAGACUACCAGUAAAAACAAUGUUUGCAGAACUUCUACAAAUAGGAUAAAGUGACAUAGUCCUGGACCCAAGGUCAACAGUUUAGCAGCACUGCAACACGCAGCAGGUCCCGUUUGACAAGAAACACUUCUGUUUCAUCGCCCGUUAUUCCGCCAGAGUCUCCAGUAUUUACUUCAUUUUCUUACUUGUGUUGGCAGUCGUGGCCAAAGGAGGAUUCAGACAAUUUCCCUUCGUUUCUAGUGUCCGAUAUUGUAGCACGAUAACUUUGUUUGGGCUCGUGGACGUUGAUUGAGGACGUGUAGCGUGGCUCACAACACGAGGGAGCACCGUCUGCCUCACAACCAAUCAGGUCGGGGAGGUGGAGAACGGCUUUGUUGAGUACACAACGAUAUCAGGAUAUUCAUGAAAAAGAUAAAUACACUGAGGAAUGCUAACGAUUUCGGAACAUGACUGAUAUUAACCAUAAGUUAUUUAUAAUGACAUUAUUCUACAUAUCAUAACAGAAAUUAUGCCAAAUACCAGAUGGUAACUGUUUUAGAUUUGAGGAUAUUUAGUUAAACAUUCAUAGCAGGGUGCAUUAGGCUUAAAGGCUAAAAAGUUAACUUCUGUACCAGCUUCCCUUUAUUAUUAAUGAUAAUUCGUCUGCGAGCAAAGAUAUCCUGUUGUUUUGUUGUGUUUUAGCUUCAUACAGUAUUAAGCACCUGAGACAGCUCAGCUAUCGACAGUGAUGUCUGAUGAGAGAUUCAUAAAAGAGAUUUAUAAAACUCUGAUCUGCUCUUGUGUGACGUUUACCGGCAUUAUGAGGGCUAGACUGAUAAUCACUCUGAUAAUUACUACAAGGUACAAGGGAACGCCCACCGGUCUUCAUCUGGAUUCCUGGUUCAGCAUCUAGAUUUUUCCGCUGUGGCUAAAUAAUUCCAGUUUAAAUGGACAACAUUGCUCAGUGCAUCAGUGUCCUGAAUACAUACCCAAUCUUUGUGGACGUGCAGUCACCUAACGUGCUGCUAAUGUGUGACUCAGUUGUAAGAAACUAGAUCCCCUGAGGCCCAGUUGUCACCAAACUGGAUCCAGCUAUUUGGGGAAGCUCGUUUUGUUUGUUCAAUAGCCAGCCAAUAGAGUUGUGCACUUAAUAACAGCCAACUAACUCACUGUGUAAUGUAUUAAAUAUGCAAAUAUAGACCAGAGUUACUUUAAUCGGAGUCAGUGCAUUAACAUGCCGGUGUUUCCUGCAGCUCCUCGGUGCUGCUGCUGGCUCCCCUCCUGGCCGAAGCGGACCCAGCCCCUCGCCGCGUCUCCAGGCCCACCGGGUCGGCGGGAGCUCAGGGCACAGAUGGCCUCUGCUCUCACUUCAGAUGGAUGGCAGAACAUGUGCCUGCCUUCAGGGUGCCGGGCACCCACAUCCACAUCCUCAGCUCACCUGACCAGUUCUACCAGACCAUGAAGGUUGGUGCCGGUGUGAAAAAAAAAAAAAAAAAAAAAGUGCUUUUGUUCUACCAAACAGAGAAUGAUUGACAGAGAAACAAAAACAUAACUCCAUGAACAGGGCUGACCUUUGUUUUCUCGGAUUUGGCAGACAGGUGAUUAAUCAAAUAGAGAAAGUAUUUGAGGAAGUUCGAUUUUCCCAGAAGAGGGUGUUUGUUUUCUCUUGAGCACCUGAGUUGGCAGAAAAGCAAAAUUCAGGUGACAAAAGUUAAUUGUUCAACUUUUCAUAACCGACCGGUCCAUCGUUCUUCGAAACUAUUAACGCCACCCAAAUAUGUGCUCUCGUCAGAACCCGUUUUAUAACGUUUUUGAAACAUGCAAAUGCAGUUUAAACUUAUUUAUUUUAGUAGCUGCAGAGCGACGCCUGCUCUGCGUCACCACAUUGGUAUCCUUACAUGCUUUCAUACACUUAAGCCUAUUCAGCACCUCCAGGAAGGAAGAAACAAACAGGAAUUAACUUCUGUGUACGUACUUCUAUUGUCAUAUACAAGCAGGAACCUCUCUAAUAGGAGAGCUAUUAUUUAACACAGACUUUUAAUUUGAAAGGAUUACACACUCGAUCUAAAUCAUACAGACGUUUUACACCAUCUCGGUGUAAAACAGGGUCCUGAAAUAGCUCACAUAACGACUCAAACCCAGAUGUGACUCAUGUCAAGUGUUACGUAAAAAGGUUUUUUUUUAUGGUGUCCGAAAUCAUGUAACAGGGGUGUGUGAGUUAGUGUAAUUCACCAAAACAUGUAAUUUGUCCUUUUUUUAUUGACUUCCUUUAACAUCUAACGCCGGUUAGAGUUUAAUCUGAAUGCCUUUGGAUUGUUUUUUUAUAGCUCACUUUCAUUACACACACACAAACACACACACAGAAAACCACACACACUCUAUUCUCUCCUUCAGGCUGUUUGGUGUUGUAUCAUAAUGACAUGUGAGCACGGCCAUAGCAAUAGCAUAAAACAUCCAGGGCUGCAAUUAAAAUAUAUGUUAAAUAAAUAUAAAAAUAACAUCAUACUAAUCAUGAAUCACAGGAGCUUAUUGACCUAAAAGGCCGCUAUUGUGUCACUAUCAUGGGGGUGAGCAAGGGAGCCUUUCCAUUCAUUCCAUUCUGCACUGUACCUUUAAAUUUAGGUCGUGUGGUGAACCGGCGGUUAAAUACACCCGCCUUCCUUGUUCAGAUUUUAUCGCAAAACCGCUCAUUCAUUCACCACACAUCAUCUUUCUUAUCAUAUCCAACCAAUUACCUGAGAUUAGAUUAGAUAAACUUUAUUUAUACUUUUGGGAAGGUUCUCUUAAGGAAAUAAAAACAUUAUUAAAAUAACUAAAGUAAAAAAUUACCUUAAGAAAUAAACAAGCUGACAGAACAUUUAUGUAAAGGUGAUUUGAUUCAUCUAUGAAGCGGAGGGAAAAUGGUGAUAGAUUCCUUUAAACGCAUUUAAACAAACAUGCUAAUCCUGAUGGUUUUAAGGGAUAUUCUGGUGUAAAACUAAGUUAGGGUCAAACACACCGUAACACCGAGUUAGACACCCCCUCGAGAGAUGAAUUUUGCCGACCACUUGCUUCUCUAGUUACACCAACUUUAGUGACGACCGCAGGAUAGCAAUACACAGCCGUCUGAGGAGCCAUAAACAAACCUCAACCAAAACGCCACAAAUAAUGCUCAGAACAGCACAUAACUUCAUCAACAGUACAUGCGGGGUGACGCAGCUCAAGGAAGAACAUUUAUGAUAAUUUCUUCAUCAAUUCCUUGAAGUAAUAAUCAUCAUAUUAAUCAUUUUGCACUGCAGACGUGGUAGUUCUUCUGCCUUAGCAUCUCGGUCUGAUUUCCAUAAAGAAAUGAUCAUAAAUGUUCUUCCUUGAGCUGCGUCACCCCGCUGUAGUCCGUAAUGGACUCACCAAAGUCUCGCUACAAACAAGCGGCUGAUAAGAGAGUAGGUGAGUUGUGUUUAGUCUCUUUGCUAAAGAAAUUAGUCAAAGUUAAAAAGAUGUUCGGUGGCUGGCUGUGACCCUAUAUGUCCUGUUGAUGAAGUUAGGUGCUGUUAUGAGCAUUAUUUGUGGUUAUAGAGUGGCGUUUUGGUUGAGGUUUGUUUUUGGCUCCUGAGACCGCAGUCGUUACUAAAGUUGGUAUAACAAGAGAAGCAAGUGGUUGGCAAGAUUCAUCUCUCAAGGGGGUGUCUAACUGUCUAAAAUUAAUUUUACGCCAGAAUAUCCCUUUGAGUUACUCGACCCAUUUGGCAGCUUAAGUAUGCACACACAAGCUCUGCUGCUGUUGCACGGAUUACAGGACAGGAUGCUGCUUCACUUCUUCCUAUUAGAGACGGUUGAGGCCCUGCAGCUCCUCUGGCUACCAUUUUUGCCACAGUGUCAACAGGCAGAGGUGAAAUAUCGCAGACUGUACGAUCAAUAUAUUGGCCCUUACUGUUGUUUUAAGGUUUUCGACCAAUCAGAAUCAAGAGUGAAACAUGGCUGAGUAACAGUUAGAAAGCUGGGAAAAGUUCCUCUGAAUGAUUUUCAGUAACAGGCUGUUUUUGUUUGUCGAAGCAGGAGAACAUGUGAUCACAUUUCUCAGUGUUUCUGUGUCUUCACAUCUGCCCAGUCAGACACAAAACUUUCUCACUCUUUUGUUUUUCUUGACCUUUACCUCCAGGCGCGCAUCAAGACCGCAAAGAGACGAGUGGUGAUGGCCUCGCUGUAUCUGGGAACAGGCCAGCUGGAGCAGGAGCUGGUGAGAAAAAGAAAUUUCUGUGUGUGUGAGAGAGAGAGAAAAGGAAAAGUUUUCAAGUUUUUACGUCUUUAGUUUGGAGCAGGUGAGAACAAUGGCAUUCAGAGGCAGGCGUGUGCCAAAAAACUGGUCAGAGAUGCCAGAAAAUGUGAGUCAGAGUCCUCCUCGGGAGAACCGCAGUGUGGUUUGGACAGAAUGAAAAUGCGCUCCAGACCAGCUACAAGGAAUGACCUGAAAGUGCAAGGCUUUAUGGGAAGAAGGAGACCACUGCUGGCAUGUGAUAGCCUGCAGUUCUUCAUGCUUGGAGAGCCUAGCAUAACAACAUCAACCCGAAGCAAAACCACAGUCUGGACCCGGGAUCAUGUUCAGCUGGUUUUCAUGUUUUUGUCCUGACAGAGAGGGAUUUACAGAAAAAGGCACAGACGAGUCAAACACGCUUAAUUACAGCGAGAAGCCUCUGAAUCAGCUGUGACGGUCGCCAAACUCCGUGACCUCACAGGAUGAUGGAUUACUAGAAACGUCCCGUCGAGAACGGAGCCUGUUUUUCUCGUGUUGAAAUUCGACACAUUGACCUCAACUCGCUUCAGGAGAGAAAUGAGUCUGGUUCACGGUUUAGACUCAAGAAUGUCCUGUAGGUGAGAUUUCACCCUGAAGCCCGGAUCUGGUAACAGAAACCGGGCUGAAAUCUGUUACUGAUACUGACACACCUGAGGAGUGUGUUUACCUCUCAGUGCAGGUUUUGGUAAAGAGGUGGAUCUGAAAGUCUGAGGCGAAGCAAACAAUGUGAUUUAUCAUUUCACAGAAGUGCACCAGCUCUUUACGGCAAAGUCUUGGCAAGGACAGCACAGGUGGAAGAACUGGUCCAGAACCUUUUUGUCGCUCUGGAGGACAAAGUGAAUUAUGUAGUGCUAUAAAUCAGUGUCAGUACUGAUUGAAAACCACGAGUUUGACGAGGAAGAAAGAGUUUCCUGGAGGCUGAAGGAUGCCAAAACUUAAAAUUGAUAAUUUACUCAAAAGUUCGGCACUGUUUCCUCCAAAAUCAUGCGUUCAGGACGAAGAGGGAGAAAAUUAAAGAUCGGUUUAGACUCAGCCUCACCUUGUAAGGUUCGACCUACUCCCAUCCCAUCUUUGAUCACAGGAAAACUUUCUUUAGCAGGCAGAAACUUUGAGCAGGACCAGACUCAUGUAAGGCCCGAACUACACCAUAUAUUAUGUCCGAUUAGGCCUCCCUACCACACCGAACCGGGAGUUUGAAGCACUCAAACCGGAUAAAUCUGAAUCCGGAAAAACAAGCGGAGAAAUAAAAAAAUAUCCGUAUCCCGUAUCCGCAGUGGAUUCGUGUGGUCGGACUUUUACGGAUCGAUGACGUCAAACCGCAGCUCGCGCAUGCGCAUUAAAAACAAAAACAAUAACAACAACGAUGGCGGACAUACAGGGUAUUCUUUACGUUUGUUUUGCCCUUUUGGGGCUAAUUUCAGCCUUGCAAGUGAAUCUUAUUUUAUACAAUUACAUCCACCAGUCAGCCAGCUCACAGAGGCGUCUGCUGCGCCCAAUACUUUUUUUGGAGAGCAAUCGUAACGUUAACGUUAGGCGUUUUAAAGUUCGCCAGAAGCGUAAGUUUUGGGUCAAACCCGGUCGGACCAGCAAGUGGUGGGACAACUUCGUUAGAGGGGCUGUGCCUGCAGAUGAAUGGAAGCUAAACUUUCGUAUGUCAAAGCGGCACCAGAUAGGAUUGAGUUUGAAGCCUACGUGUGGACGCAGAUAUUUUUUUGAACUAACACGUGUGGACAGGUACAUUUAUUUAGACGGGAGUACAAAAAUAUCCAGAUAAAUAAAUAUUCUCCUUCGUGUAGUUCGGGCCUUAGACAGUCAUCUGCUGGGAUUAGAGAUCAGAUUAGAGAGGAGAGAGAGGGAGAUGGACAGGAGAAGCAGCAGGUCCACUUUUUAACGCAACAUCUGCAGCAGCGAUCUGGAGGAACCUUCAGGGACUCCCAGGAAAGACUCUUGAUAAUGUUAUCAGAGGUAAUAAAAAUUAACAAUCCCUAUAAGCAGCGUAUGCUCCCUGUCCACACGGUGUCUGUCAAAUAUACACGUCUAGUUUCCUCCUUCCGUCAAAGAGCCAUGAGUCAGUUCAAAGUCUUAUCUGAACAUCUUGAAUUAACUUCUCCUCGCUUAUGUUUACACAAAAUAUAGGAAUGUAAAUAAAGACGUGCAGAGCUCUGUGUGACUCGAAGGCAGGCAGGACACUUCAAUAGGUAACAGCGAAGUGAAGCUGAUUUUAUCGCCGAUCUUAGCUUGUGUCACAUGCUGUCAGGUGGUUUCAGAUCUGCAGUUAGUUCUGCUGUAAUCCUCAAAAUCUGAUAACAGGGAAAAAUGUCCAUCCGUCUUUAAAUGUCUGAUACGGCGCUGACAGGGUAAAGUAGCUCAAAUAUUCACGCUGGCACAAUUUCUGAAAAUGUAAAAGGACCAACUUUAUUGAUUCUGUCCUGAUGAUGAAUGAAGUUUCACUUCUGAUCAACACAGAUAAUUACUCUCAAAUUAGCAGCGUUUCACAGUCUUUAUUAAAAAAAGGUUUAUCCAGAACAUGAACAGCUCAUCUGCAGAGACGUGCAGAGAUUUAUUUGUGAACCAGAUACACAGUUUAGUUGGAUUAAAAGCACAUUAUCUUGGCUCUGUUAGUCAGACUGUUUUUCCCCCUCGAUAAACAGUUUAUCGGUCAUCACUCAUCUGUUGUUUUGUUUAGCUGCUCUACCUGGAAGUGUUUUUAAAAGCGCUCUAAAAAUGUCUGUCUGGUUUUUAAGGUGGACUGUAUGGAGGAAGCUCUUCAGCGCUCACAGGACGACAGCGUCUCGCCGGACCUGAAAGUCUCUGUCCUGCUCGACUACACCCGAGGCUCCAGAGGUUAUUCGUGUUUCCAUCAGAUCUCUACCUUUAAGAGUAUCACGCUCAUCUUUCUGACUGUUUUUGUGGGGUUUUUUUACGUACAGGUCAGAUAAACUCCAGGACGAUGCUGCUGCCACUCCUGCAGCGCUUCACCUCUCAGAUGCGAGUUUCUCUGUAUCACACUCCUGACCUGAGGGGGCUUCUGCGGCUGCUCGUCCCUCAGCGCUUCAACGAGACCAUCGGGGUCCAGCAUAUCAAGGUGUACCUGUUUGACGACAGUAUUAUCAUCAGUGGGUACGUGCCCCUGGGUUGACUCUGCUCUGUCUGCUCUCUGUCUGCUCUCUGUCCUUCAUGUCAAUAUGUUUAUUUCACAAUGAGAGUAUUUAAACUGAAGUUCAUCGUUUGUCCUCGUUUCACCUCUGCCUCAUGUUUGCAUAACUCCAGAUCAGACUGCAGGUGUUUUUACGACUAUUUCUAGGAAAUGCUCUCAGUUUCAACACUGGUUUUCUUCCAAGCCGAGUGGGCACGGCUCCGAAUCGUGUGGUUUCCACUCAGUUUCAGUUCAGCUCACACACACACAGCGGCUCGUGCUACAUCAUGCUGCUUCUUGCAGCGACGACUUGUGAGAGCGAGACACGUGCGAAAGUAGAGAGGCUAGAAAACGCAUUUACUGGAUUUUAAAACAAACGGAUGUUUCAGGAAAAAGAUCUUUCCAGAGUCAACAGACUUUUGUUUACUUUUGAUCACUCUUAUCAGGAGUCGUUCACCGAUCUGUGAAGCGGUUUGUCUGACUAAAGGGAAAGUGGUUGAGUUCUGUUGCUUCUCCAAACACGUCAAUGUGAAACGAGGUCGCCCUUUGUUUAGACAUGCAGUCGAGCCGACUCGUUUUUGGGAAGUCUUGAGCAAUUUUUUUCACAACUUAACGAUUUACACGUCCCACAUGAGCAAUAAAAGUCAUAUUCCCUACGCUGGCUGGACCGCCACGCAUGCCUCCGAUAAGUCCAGAGUGGCGUUUUCCAACCUGAGGCGAUCUUUCAUGAUUUUACUUUGAAGAUAUUUAACUAUUGCUCUUUAGAUGGUGGCUUGUGCACAAAAAGGGAGUUAUAGGAGUCGAUUUUGCUCAAUUAGCUUUUAAAUUAAUAAAAAAUGACAGCUACAUCGGCUUGUUUUCCCUGAAGAGAAAUUUAAAAGUAAUACUUAUGAUUUACUGACGCUGGCUGCAUGAGACUAAACCCAACAAGCGGAUAAAGGCUGUAUUUGCACAUGAGGCACUGAAAGUGAUUCCAAACAGCAGCUGAUCUUCUAGAAACUUCAUUUUCCCACCAGGAAACCUUCCCUCUCUUUCCUCACAUUCAGAGCUUUUUUAAAUAGUCUACAGUGUCUUAAUAUCAAAAUAGAGGAUGACAAAGAGUCCACUUUCUAAACCAGAGCACUGAUAAAAACAGAUGCAUAACCCUCGAACACUGUCGCCAAACUUAGUAACACCAUCACUAUCGCAGGGUGAUUUUUACCCCAAAUAAUAAACCCAAGAAAAAGUACUUGUCAUCAAAAUAUAUCAAAAUAGGACAAAACAUGACAGAUUAAAGUAGUUUUCUCUCAUUUUUAACUGUGCAAUGGCCAAAGGGAGGGAAAAAAGUGCCAUGAGGGGACCAUAUAUAUAUAAACUGUAAACUCAGUUUCUUUUCCACCUAUUUUCUGGGACAUGUGAGUCUUUCCUGGUGAAGACUCAGGGUCAUUGGCACGAUAACAGCUGCAGGAGAGAGAACCAAAAUAUGACAGAUUUUGAGUAAAAAUGACCAGCUGACUAAAAUAUUUCUCAUCACCAUAUGAAUUCUCUUGAAAAUCACUACUUUGUGAUAGUUAUUCAUAACCACUGCGCUAAAUAAAGAUAGUAUGUAAAUUCCAGGACCACUCUUACCGACUUUAUUCGCCUACAUGCAGCUAUCAAAUCCACCCAAACCUACUUUACACUCUGUCACUAUUGCCGGGUAAAAGUCACCCUGUGAACACGUUUUGGAUCAGGGAAACAAACAUGCCUUCAAAGAUGUCAGAGGCAAUGCUGAAGCUACGCAGAGACUGAUGAUACUCAGACAAACACAACAUAAUGAAAAUCACGUAAACAUGUUUGGUCGGGUGAAAAUCAUCCAGCGAUAGAGUUCUAGGGCUAGAGGAGGAAAAGGGAUGAAUCAAAUCAAAGAAAACUGUCAGUCUGGUGUUUUAAAGUUUGAAUCUGUAAAUUAACCUGCUUGGUUACGGUCUUUCUAAACUUGGUUGUGCCUCAUGUUUAUUAUCAGCCUGUUUACUCGACUAAACGUCACUUUCUUUUCAGCUGUAGCCUCGCCGACACGCUUCUCAAAAUCUGCACUCGUCUUUUUCUUUCUCAGGGCCAAUCUGAGCGACUCGUACUUCACCAACAGACAGGACCGCUACGUGCUGCUGGAGAACUGCAGGGAGGUCGCCGACUUCUUCUCCGACCUGGUGGAGGCCGUGGGGGACGUUUCCCUGCAGCUCCAGCCCGACGACUCCGUCACCAUGCUGGAGGGGAUGGUGCACCCGUAUAAAGGUAGGAACCAAACCCCGGAGUAGGCGUGUGUGUCUGUGUGUGUGUGCACACAGACUCGUAUUUACCCUCCAACAUGCUUUGACACAGUUUGACACUUUGCACUCGGGUUUUUCAGCAGGAGGAUCCGAUUGGUUCCACUAAUGGAGCCUGAAAGCUCAGAAAGCUCCCGUAGAUGACGGUCAGUGCGUGUGUGAUAUCAAGAGAGAGAGGGAGAGGGCGCUCAGUGAAAACGAUGGAGAGAGAGCUCUUGCGGUUGGCUAGCUAUGCAGCCGGAUGUGAAAUUGUCAGGAUUUUCUCUCCUCACACACACACACGCGCGCACACACUCACACACUCUGGUGCUCUGGUGUGUCCGUAACUGGAGCGGCGCAGACUGCCAGGAUGUUAGUUUGAGGAGUGAAUGACAUCAUGUCUACAGGAUUGGACCGCCGUGGUAAAUGAACACCAGGAAUAGAGUUGUGAUGUCAGAGUGUUGCUGGAAGAUAAUAUGGACUAACACACACAAACACACACUUAAACACACACACAUUAAACACUCACUGUAACACACACCUAAAGUGGUUCUGCUGAAGGACUUUAGUAAGACGGUGGUUUUACACCUGAAAACAAACAAAACUAACCAAAGAGCCUCAGUCAGUCAGUGAGAGUUCACUGAUUGGACGAUAAUGUGAUGCUGCUGCACAAUUUAAAGGGCCAGUCCACUUAAUUUAAGAUGCUUUUUCUUCAAACGGCGUCCAACAAGAUGAACCGAUUCUUUCUUUUCACUUCAUUCACUCUGCCUGAGGAGAUCUCAUCUGGACUCAGACUGUCCAGUUGGGCUUUGACCCCAGAAUUGAAAAGGGGUCGCAGGACGCUUGGAGGUCAACUGAACCUCAAGAAAUGAUUGGUUGAUUGUUUUGGUUUGUGAUGUAACAAGGGGGAAGACCUACUUUAGUUAGUGAACUGAUUCUGACCUGGGGCUUGUGAACCGAGACAAAGAAAGACGACCUCAGGCCAGUCCAUUACAGACUGCAGCGGGGUGACUCAGCUCAAGGAAGAACAAUUAUGAUCGUUUCUUCAUGGAAAUACAAUCAGACCGAGACGAUAAUGCAGAAGAACUAUCGCGUCUGCAGAGCAAAAUGAUUAAUAUGGUGAUUAUUACUUCAAGGAAAUGAUAAAGUAAUGAUCAUAAAUGUUCUUCCUUGAGCUGAGUCACCCCGCUGUAGUCCAUAAUAGACUGGCCCGAGGUCUCUGUACAAACAAGCGGCUGCUGGAAGCGAGUAGGUUUGUCAUAGGUGUCGUUGCUGAUUGUGUUUUGUUAAGCUGCUCUAAGUCAGUUUCAAGUGUUAAAUCUGCCCUUUUUGGACUUUGGUUCUGAACACUUCUGGAUUUUUCACACGCUCAUAAACUUCUUUGGCACCCUGCAGUUGCAUUCACAGCCAAGUUUCCGCACAUACCCAAAAAGCUACCAAAGUGACAUUCAAUCACAUCUCAUCUCUAAACUAUGACAUGAAGAAUCUUAUUUGCAUAGAGUUGCGUCUGUUAUCAUUCUUUGAUAGUUAGGAAGUUGUUUUUCUGGAAAAUCUGCGCCGGGACAAAGUGGUGACAAGUUUUAAGAGCUUUGUUGUAGAGAGCUGAUGAGUAGAUUUCGACUGUAGCUACACAGUCGACCGCACGGCUCCUAAUGUUUCCCGAAGCUCUCUCAGAUUCGCCUCAAUAAUUAUCCGCAGAAAUAAGCGAGAAAUGACAGUCUGGUUUGUCUCCGUCCUUCAACUGGGAUGAUUGUGUCACGACAAGGUCAGCUCAAAGACGUGUUUACAAAGAAAGACAAAGAUAACUCGUCCUCCUCUCUCAGAUGUUCCUUGUGAGCCCAGAUUACUAUGACCCAGACAUCCUUAUCUGUGUGUAACCCAAACGUGUCACGUCUCCUUGGUAACCAGGGAACAGGCAGGAUUUCUCCGCGGUGGCGAGGGACCGUAUCAUGGAGGUGAUGAACACGGCCCACGUGAGGCAGCAGCUCCUGAACCGCUUGGAGGACUCGGAGGACGAGGGGGAGGAGGACACCUGGGUGUUCCCUCUGGUCCAGAUGAAACCUUUGGGAAUCCAGGUGGACGAGCAGGUCACACAGGUGAGGCGCCAAAACGAGGUCGCUAUCAGUUUAAGGUCAUUCAGAUAAGAAGAAGAAUAUCUUUAUUUGAAUUAAGGGUUUACAAAGAUGUAUUAUGAGUCUAAUUUCUAAGGUUUGCACUGAGGUGCAUGUAAGACUUUUAUAUUAGCAACCGUCCAAAACCCUAUAACGUAUUUUCCGGAGUAUAAGUCGCACCAGCCAAAAAAUGCAUCAUGAAGUAGGAAAUACAGAUGGAAGUUGCAUUUUUUGGGGUAAAUUUGUUUUACAAAAUCCAAAACCAAGAACAGUCAUUUCAUCUUGAAAGGCAGGUUAUAAUAACGAUAGAAUAGAGAACAGGCUGAAUAGGUGUACGGUAUGCUAACGUAACACGUUGAUGGUUAUUUAGCUUUAACGUAACAUAUUAACAGUUAUUCAGAUAACUUAAGUGUAUAAAGAACGUAACAAAACAAGUUUACCAAACUCUCGAUCUCACUCCAAAUCACGUAAUCCAACGAAUUCUUCAUCCUCCGUGUCACUUCUGAACAACUAGAGUGCCCUCUAGUGGCUGGUAGUGUGAAAAUGACAGAUGCAUCAGCGUAUAAGACGCGAACCCAGCCAAACUACGAAAAAAAGUGCAACUUAUAAUACGGAAAAUACGGUAACCAAAAACAGCUUCAUCAACCUGUGACAACUUCAGGACUAAAAACUGGUUUGUCUGUUCUUGCGCCCCCUGUUGACAAAGCAGCACCUCAUAUCUGCAGCUGCAGCUCGGUGGUGAGUUCUUUAAGUGUUCAAUUCCAGGUCCUGCUGCCCACAUAUGAGAGUGUCCUCAGGCAAGAAACCGAACCCCAAACUGCACAGACGACUGUCAGAACCUUCUUAACCACCAGCUAAAAACUACCUACAGGAGCUUUAAAUGUACAGCGUGUAGAAAUAGGAAUAUUUUGUGACAUCUUCAGGUCAUAUUCUGGUUAAAAGCUCCCUUACUCACCCCCCUGUAGAUAAAGGGAUGGUGGCCUAAAAAGAUAAGACACGCCUUUCACGCAUGAUAGGUGUGAUCCUCAAUGAGUCAGGUUCUCCUCACAGCCGUUAAAUUCUGUGAACUGCACCUUUAAGUUGAAAAUAUCAGACUAAAGAAACAUCACUCACUAAUUAAAAUUCACCUUCUCUGUAAAUCAUUUUUCUUCACUUCCUCUCAAACCCGCAGCGCCUGCUGACUGACGCCGGCCCGGACUCUACUGUGUUUCUAACAUCGGGUUACUUCAACCUGACGCGGGCGUACAUGCGGUUGGUGCUCGGGGCCGGGGCCAGCUACCGCAUCCUCACGGCCUCCCCCGAGGUCAACGGCUUCUUCGGAGCCAAGGGCGUCGCCGGCGCGAUCCCGGCGGCUUACAUCCACAUCGCCAGGCAGUUUUACAACCAGGUGUGCCGGCUGGGCCAGCAGGAGAGGAUACACCUGCACGAGUACCACCGGUCCCAGUGGACUUUUCACGCCAAAGGUGGGGAGAAAGAUCGAACUCUGGCUUCAGCGAAUAAUAUCGUGGAUGAUUAGAGGCCCAAGUUUCCUUUGCUCAGAGUGAAAGUUUCUCAGUACUUUUAUCUUUUAUUUCAACACGAGAGAGUUAUUACGUCUGAGAAGCAAAGAAAGGAGAAUAUUUGUAACAUUAACUCAUAAAUCAUCACAGUGUCUGAGAGCUGACAGUCCCAGAGCUCGGUGUCCAGACUAGUUUAGUUCUGCUUGUUGAAAAUGUUCAAACGCGUCACUCCGGCUGCUCGGCUCCCUCGCUCCGCUGCUCUUGUUGUGGUCUCUGAGGAAUUCAGCGUGAGAGACGAGGGCCUGUACAGUCACUGUGUCAUAGCCUCAGGACGAGGAUGUACACUCACUCUCUCUCAUACUUUGGUUUUGGAUCCAGGCGGGGGAUUUCUGCAUGUGCUUCCUCUUAGUUGUGGUCUGAGCCGACAGAAAUCCCUGCUGGAACCGUUACCUCCUCACCGGCUCACUCCGGUUUUUCCUCUCCUGCAGGUCUGUGGUAUUACCUCCAGGGGCAGGACCGGCCGUGCCUCACUCUAAUCGGCUCUCCUAAUUUUGGAUACCGCUCGGUUCAUCGUGACCUGGAGGCCCAGAUCGCCAUAGUAACAGACAAUGAGGAGCUGCAGAGUCAGCUACAGGAGGUCAGCUGUUUUUUCCUCUAACCACAGCCACAGAUGAUGAUGGAUGACUCCUGGAUUCACACCUGUGUGUUUUUUAACCCUCAGGAGCAGGAGAUGUUGUACCGACGCUCCUCAGAGGUGUCCGACUCCACGUUUGAGAGGCCAGACCGCCACGUCAAGCUGUGGGUCAAACUGGUCACUCCCCUCAUCAAGAACUUCUUUUGAGACGCUACACGGUAAAAAACACACGUGCGUUCAAGAGCGCCACCCACUCAGUUCCCCUUAAAGUUAUUAGGGAAUUAACCCUUAAAACUCCCAGCUAUAUUUUGCUAUUUUUGGUCCGCCUGUAUGAACAAACACACAACAGAAACUAUUUACAUAUUUACACUAAUUCUUCCAGGUGUUUUUUACUAUUUAAUAAUAAUAAUAAUAAUAAUAAUGCAUCAGAUUUCAUAUAGCACCUUAUCAGAGACCCUCAAAGCGCUUUACAUUGGAUACAUCAUUCAUUCGCUCACACAACACUCACAAUCACACACCAGUGGAGGACACACACUGGGAGCAAGGUGGGUUAAGUGUCUUGCCCAAGGACACAACGGACAGACUUGGAUUAGGGGGGAAUCGAACCGCCAACCUUCCGGUCAUUGGACGACCGCUCUACCUCCUGAGCUACUGCCGCCCCCAUUUACAGUUGUUUAUGCCACUCCUUGAAGCAGUUCCUGUCAGAGGGCCACAUCUUACUGCUCAGAAUCUCUCCUUUGCUUGUUCUCAAACAUUGAGGACCAUUAUUUCUUAUUUUGCAGACAAGCAGGGAACUUUCUUAUCUCUUGUUGAUCUUUGGUUGCCUCUUAUUGGGCACUACCAUCAAAGGGAAGAAUAUGAGACCAUGUAAUUGGUUGAAAGUUUGACAGAAAAAGACGUCAUCUAAACAGCUUGUCAAACCCAGCUUGUCACUUUUUGUUAUGUAUUCACAUAACAACCUGAAAGUUACACCUCUACAGAAAACGUCUCAGGCUCUUGGGUUUUCAGUGACAACUAAGCUGCCAAAUGAGCACACGUUAGAUAUUGUAAAAUUACCUGCUGUUGUGAUGAAGUCACAGCAUCUGGUUAGGAGCCUUCAUAGAUGAAACAGCUUCAGUACAGCUCACACUGGCCUUCGUUGACAAAGGAGUCGAUAAUGAAGUGGCGUAAAGCCUUCCCAAUGUUUCCCUGUGCGAGAAAAUAGACUGAUGAGAAACUUUCUGAGAAAUACUAAAUCAACAAAGUAGAGAGUGGAGGAGAGGGGAAUGCUCUCCCAGAGGUGAGGGUUUGAACGUGCUGCCAGGUGUGUGCGUGUCCUCAAACAUCCUUCUACUUGGACGGCAGAGUCUGACGUCAGGUUCAGGGCAAAUCUUUCAAAGCCAAUCAGGGAGUGUCAGACUACAAUUCACCUCAUUAUUCUGGAACUUUUAAGAGUUUAAAGGUUGGGUGGGAUGGAUCUGAGGAAGUGCCAGUUUUGGGGAGAAAUCUUGAAUGCAAACUCUACCCCUCCCACUAACAGACGCUCCUGCUCGCUCGUAUUAAAUUCGUAUUAAAUUAUUAAAUUCAGAUAUAAUGCAGAUAAAUACUUAAGAUAAUUACAAAUGGGGCCCAGUCAAGGUGAAAGUAAAAACCACUGGUGCUACUGUAGAUGCCAACAGACUACCAGCAAACACAACAGUUUAGCGAUGGCGCUACAACACGCUACAGCAGGUCCCGUUUGACAAGAAACACUUCUGUUACAGACACUUGUCUUACUUUGUUAAAGCGGUUUACCUGUCCAGUAGAAAGGCUACAGGGUCACGAAGAUCCAGAAGCGUCCGCCAUCUUGUCCGGUCUACCUCCGUUUUAAGCGCCCGUUAUUCCGUCAGAGUCUCCGGUAUUUACUUCGUUUUCUUGCUUGUAUUAGCAGUCGUGGCUAAAUGAGGAUUCAGACCAUUUUCUGUGCUCUCCCGUUGUUUUCUACUGUCUGAUAUUGUAGCACGCUAACUUUGUUUGAGCUCGUGAACGUUAUCGAAGGACGUGGAGCGUGCCUCACAACUAAUCAGCAUUAAUAAGCAACGUCCGCCUCACAACCAAUCAGGUCGGGAAGGUGACCGUUAAAAAUGUUAAAAAUGUUGACUAAACAGAUGUAAGAGAACACAGCGAUAUCGUGAUAUUACCAAAUUUAAUCAAUAACUAAUAACUAUUGACUGAUAUUAAAAGCUUUUUUUGUAUGUAGGGGAGAGUGGGGUAAGUUGAACCACCCCCUGUUGCUUGGAAACGGUAAAAAUUGAUCAUGUGACCAAAUAUUUAGGAGAUGGGCAUCAAUUCAUUUUUCACUCUUGAAAGUGAAUUUAUUCUGUCAUAAGUUUUAUUAGAAUUGUGUUCAGACCAAAAAAGAUCAUUUUAAAUUUGUUUUAUACAUCAGUUGUGGUAUCUAUGAGCUACAACAUGAGGUCAAAAACUGAGCAUAAAAGUCCACCAUUUUAGAUUAGAGGACUAAUAAAGUCAUCAUAGUAGUUCUCAUGUUAAAAUGACUUUUUAGCAGUUAUAUACAAUAUUAAUAAAAAUAAUUAUUGUACCUGUUGAAUUGUGUAUAAUAGAUAAAAAUACACAUGAAUGUGAAGAAGUGACUGUUAUUCAGGUAGAGAGAAGGUGAGGGAGGGCUGGGGUGGAGAGUUGGAGGGUAGUAGGGAUACGGGUCAACUUACCCCGCUCCUAUGGUCAACUUACCCCAUACACGGGGUAAGUUGACCAUAGGAGACCUUUUUUUUUAUCAAGACAGUUCUGUUUACACUCAUUCUGUUGGUUUGCAGGGAUGAACAACAUCUUGAAAUAUAUGCAGAUACACGAGUUAGAGACAAAACUAUGAAACGGCUCAUCUUACCCCACUCUCCCCUAUAACAUUUUAUGUAGGUUUUAAAAUAUAAAUCAGUAUAAUAGACCCCCUUUAAUAUAAAGACGAGCAGCAAAUCUAAACAUCUGGAGGUUCAAAACCACCACUGUUUGAAUGUUUGGGGUUUUUACUUACUAGUUUAACAGCCAAAUCACACUAAAAUAGAAACUGUUGACCUGUUAAGAUCAGAGCAAGUGUCACAUAUUUCUGCACAUAUGGAGUGUGUCUGUUUUUUGGUUCAGAUUUUUUCGUCUGUGAUGUGUCUGUGUAACAAACACACACACUCACACACACUCACACAUAUAUAGACACGUAGUGAAGCAGGCUGUGGUUUCUUAGAAAUGCCUGCAGUCAUUGUGGUGGGUCCUAAAAUCACGGGGCCCGUCCUCGCCUUCCCAGCAUCAGAAUCAGCAGAGAGCGAGCGGGGACGGCGAGUCGGCUGAUUCACCCCGGAGUUGCAGUGAGUCAGCGCGGUGUUGUGGUGAUGAUUUGACUCUGCGGUCCCUGCGUUUUAACCUGAGACCUGUUUGGACCUGAAGAAGCGCUCUCACACUGAUCUGAAACUACAGAGAAAGAGGAUUUGAGGAGAUGUUUCAGUGUUUGGACAGAAAACACUCAGCAGGUUUUUUGUAUGUGUGUUUCUCAGAACAGGAAGUGUCACAGGCGAGGUAAUGAUGGUAAAUGGGUGGCGUCUUAUCACUACCUGGACUUAGUCAUGGAAGAAAUAAAAGUGUGUGAUCAGCUGCCAAGAGGAAACAGAUCUUCUUUUAGCUCUCCAGUAUCGCAAACCACAGAUAUCUGUGAGAAGACGUAAAAAUACCUCAGAGACAAAGACUCGAACUGGAGCUCGUUCAGGUCCUUUUUGUUUGGAUAACUAUAAAGAGACUUGUGUUACCGGCACGAUUACACAACAACAUCAACAAAGAGAGGUUGACCUCGGGCUUAAAGAUCAAGUUCAGCCAUCAUGACAGUAACUGGAGUGAUUAAAAGUCAGUAAUUAGAGGUGUUACUUAACAUCAGAGCAGAUCUGAAUAAUUAAUUGUUAAUUACAAAACAACGGGACAGAGAGAGACAUUAGCACAGCCAUUAAUGCUGCAAAGUCUUUGACAUGGACUGAAAAUCAAUAAAACAAUCAAAACCUCAAUUAACAUGCGAGGUUAAACAAACAAGACUCAAUAAAACAUGGACUGAGGACACUCAAACUCAAGUGUACGAUAAGGAAACACGUACAACUUUAAAGCCAAGAUAGCGAAAAGAGAGACAAGAUAAUAAAACACUAAAAAAAUCAUAAAAAUUAACUGGAUUAGGAUGAAAGACUAAGAGAUCCAAUCCAGGUUUAUUUAUAAAGCACAUUUAAAAACAACAAAACGCCGACCAGUGCUGCACAGUAAAAAUUAAAAACAAUAAAAACAGACAAUUAACACAAACAAUAAAACAAAGACGAUGGUUCAGUAAAAACAUGAUUAAAAGGCCAAAUUCUCAGGAGUUAAAAGGGUUUUAAAAGGUUUGAGAGAUAAAAAGUAAGAUUGAAGAUUUUUAUAAGUUGAUGACAAAAUUUUAAAAUCAAUCCUAAAACGCACAGGAAGCCCGUGAAGAGAGGCUAAAAUAGGGGAAAUGUGAUCAUAUUUACGGCGACCAGAUAAAAGACGAGGUUUGGCUGGUACCAAAAUAAAGUGCAUUGCAAUGAUCAAGACGAGUUGUGAUAAAAACAUGCAUAACCUUCUUAAAAAUCACUAAAAGAUAAAAAAAAAGACGACCUUGUUUAAAAGAUGAAGAUGAUAAAAACUGAUUUUAACUUCAAUAAAACAAAAUAAUAGUGAUAUACAACUCAAAACAAGAGACUAAAAUGUAAAAUAGAGGUGUCUAGAGUGGACUAGUCUUGAUUUUGCUUGUGAUAAAUUGAUUUUGGGUUACAGUUUUUGUUUUUUUUAGUGUGUACUCAUACCUGUCAUUAAGUGGACCCGUACCUGAGAAAGCGGCUCAACACAAAACACACAAAUACUUAAGUAGAAUGCUAAUAUAGAGUACAGAAUAUUUAUAAAUACAGUAUUUAUUCAGAGACAUUUAUAAGAAGUAUUAGAUUAAAUUCUGGUUCCUGAGCUGUUUGAAGGAGUUAUACUCUCUUGUCCUCGAACGCUUAAACUCUGCAGCCUCAUUUUUUAGUUUGUUAUUUAUCUGGUAAAAUACUGAUAAUCACUUUUUCACUGAAGCUGCAGACAUGAUGAGUUAAAUUUAAGGAGGACAUCUGAGGUUGAGCGGUUUUAUUCCAACUUUCACAAUCAGGUUAAAACAACAAAGACGAGUUUCAGCUCGGCCUCUUUCACAGACAGACACUAACAAAAAUAACAGUCGUACAUCAAGCGUAUACAUUUCUAUCAUUUCUUAAAUUCUUGUAUUUUUUCCAGUCACACUCGCCCUGUCAGUACUUUAUUUUUCUGGAUUUUAAGGACCGUGCGCUCGCACACGUGUUCCACAACCAUCUGUUUUUGUCUUCGGUGGACCUAAUCACUCAUGCCUUUGUUUUCUUUUUCCUGACAGAGGAAAAAACAAACACGUCCCUCUAACAAUAGCUCUGCCGGGUAAAAGGAUAAAAACACACGUCCUGAUUGGCAGGGCAGACGCUCUAUUGUUAGAAACCAGUGACAAACUGUUUACAUCGACGUGUUGAGCGGGCUCGUGUGAGGGUCAGGGAGGUUAAAACUUCGUCUCCAGUUUGGUCCAGACUGUCACGAUGGACCAGUACGCCCUCUAGUGGUGAACAUGGGAAUCAAAACUGAAAACGUAAAGAGGUCCAACUUGAGAUAUUCAGAAAUAACCGACUGAGCUUUCUUUCUUCUUUCUGUGUUUGUGUCUCGUGCAGGACGCUGGAGGGUCCAGUUUCUUCGUUCCUGAGGUCGGAGCUUCUCGUAGAGGUCGCUGAGCUCCUACAGACGGGUCGGUCAGACACAGUGGCAUGCUGGGAGUCUUUCCAACUCCACCUCACUCACUGGUGCGGUGCAGGGAGUGACUCUCACACACAGACAGACGGGUUGUGGUGCAUUCAGGGGGUGAAACGUCGUUUUUUUUUAUGAUCCUUGGGUUUAUCUGUUAACCUGUUAAGAUUAUUUACGGUGAACGCCAUCGCACUGUGGACUUUUGUUUUUUUCUAAGUGUUACUAACAGAAAAACACAACAACACUCGUCAAGAGAUACAUGUCGCAUGUUUUCAAUAGCAAUAGAGACUUCAGUGACCCUGAAGUUCACAGACAGGUGAGGAGGAGAAAACCUGGAGGAGCCUUAAUGACGGUUUAAGAGCUCGGACAGGAAGUUUACAACAGAACAUACUUCUAACUGUACAGUGUCUAUGUCUUACUACCUUUGUAAAUUAAAGGACUGUGAAAUUAAUUUUUAAACACGA